UCUUCUGGCAGUGAAAUCAGUUUCGGCAGCCGAAGUUGCCGAGCUCUGCAUUUGGUCAGCUGUGAUUGUGAUUUGAGCGUGCGAGUUAACGAAAAGGACUGAAAUGUUGAAUACAGCGGCAAUGGAGCUCUGUUGAUGAUGGCCGAGGGUUGGCGGGCGCAGCACUGGCUGAGGGCUGUGGUAGGAUGAAAGUCCACGUGUACAACGUGGCAGAUGGCGAGACCUUGCCCUACUCCCUGCCACUUGUCAUCGGGGACGUGGAAUGCCUGCACGAGGACAGCACCAUCCGCGUCUGGCUGUCGCACGACCCGCAGGCGGUGCUGCAGUGGCCGGUGGUGGCCGGCUGCUUCAAGAUCCUCGUGCAGCUGCGUCCCGGCCAGAACGUGGUCAACAUCCGCCACGACAACGACGUCCUGCAGCUGCACCUGACGUACGAGCGCCCGCCCCUGGCGCACUUUGUGCGGCCUGUCUACAUCGUCUGCGCCGACGACGACGGCUACUUCCAGGGCCCCGAGGAUAUGGACUGCUCCCCCGAGAGCGCCAUGCGCCGCAUCGUGCUUGGCGCGCAGCUGAUUCAGAGCUUCACCGCCGAGAAGAUGGUGGAGCACGGCUUCGGCCGCCUGACUUUCCAACUAGAGACGGGGCAAGAUGGCGCCCGCCCCGUCUGCCACUUGUUCCGGACUAAGCUGACAUUGGAACAAGCGUAUGCCAUGUCAGGGUACGACCUGUGGAACCACUUCGCCAAAGAGCUGAUGACAUCGAACUUUCCCAGCAGGUCAAAGUGCAAGUGGUACUGCUUUAUGUCUUUCACGCGCUACCAGCCACCGCCGGAAGAGGAGAUACCCAAAACGCACAGUGAGAUUCUUAAAUACACCAAAGGGCACACUGCUUUGGGGGGAGGUGGCUUGGCAUUAUUUGGAACGGGUAAUUUGCAUACAUGGGCUCCGAGCCUGGACACUCUUCAUGCACACCUCACUGACCGUAGAAAGAUUGACCGCCGGCGGUUCAUGGAUGACAGUGCAUACCGGGAGUAUUACUGGGCCAAUUAUGCCACUGGCCUGGGUGCUUCCCUGCAUGAAUUGGGCCACACCUUUGACCUGGCCCACACAGCCACAGGCAUCAUGGCUCGGGGCUUUGACGAUCUCCACAAAGUGUUCACUAUCCAACGCUUACGGGGCAGCCGCUGUAGCAGUGUGGAACGACAGCGGUACUCAUCCUGCAGCAGCAGCAGCAACAUCUCCCGCACGCCGUCGAUGAGCAGCUUGGAUGAUGGUGGCCCCAAUGGUGGCAGCAGUGUAAAUAGUGGAGGAGUCAGUCUCGACAUACAGCUACGUAGAUACAAAGACAUAUGCUAUGGAAGUCCUUUCAAACGGGUAAUGCAGGUGUCAAGAUCUAGCAGUAGUGAACAGGUGUACAUUCCCCCAGCACCACUGGUUGUGAAGGUAGAAAAUGCUUUCAAACCUGUCCGAUCCCCAUCUUUGCUUACUUUCUCAGUGAAGAACUAUGAUGGAAGUGAGACACAUCGUACAAUUACUCAAGAUCCCCAAGGGGAGCUAAUAACAGAACUUACUGUCGGCCCAGAUGGAACACUGCUUGGAAGUAUUCCUAAAGAGCGACGUCCCAGCUCCAUCUCCAAUAGCUCUGCCUCCAGCCUGUCCCCUUCCAGCUCCACACCUUCUACCCUUCCUAAUUCACCAGAGGAUGCGCCAGGUCAACCUCUACCUAGUGUUCACUUCCUUGACGCCGGGGCUCACUGGGCUCGAUCUUCGGCAGUAGUUCUACGCUACCAUCGAUGGCUUAACCUCCCAGAUCCAAAUGAUAAUAAGAAAAAUCCAACUUUGGAAGGGAAUCAUAUCAAAUCUCCUAAUGGUCUUCGCAUUAUUGAGUUGCGGCAUGAAGCUGAAGGUCUUGUCUUCCAUCACUGGGAAUUCCUAAGUGACACUCCACCCACCAAGUUCACACUUAAGCGGUCCAGGAUCAAAAACCUUCCAGAAAACUGCUCAUCCAUUGUCCUUUUGGCAGAAGACAGCUAUGGCAACAUCAUGAAGAAAAAGCUCAGUGUAGAUAAGCUAGAGCUGUGGUAGCUGCAAGAGUACAGAAGAAAGCACAUAUGGUAAACAGCCUUUUCGCAAACUUUUUGUUGACAGACAGUCUGGAAAUCUUUGGAAAUAUUGCCUUUUUAACUGGAAUUUUAUUUAGAAGAAAUUCAACUUGGAAAUGUAAAAUUUUGACUUUAAGGUAUUUUAAUACCUUAGUGAUCUACAAGGAAGAUAAAUUUCAUUGACUGAUUGUGAAGAAAAUUUCUGAAGGCAAAGGUUUGCCCAACAAAAAUUUUGGUGUUUACUAAGAGAAACUGUUAUCAACAUGUUUUGACUGCUAACAACAAUUUAUCAUGUGCAUGAUUAUGAUGAUGUUAAUAUUUGUGCAGCAACAAAGUGGUAUCUAACUGGAUAAAGCUUCAUUGUGGUCAAUAUUAUUUUUUACUAAAUUAAGAAAAUGUCCUAAUUUGACUUAGAAGUAUGGUAGUACUUUUUUCUUUAAGCUGGGUUAAACAUUGUUACCCUGUUUGAUUAUUGUUGUUCAUCUUAACCAAACAUCAUUUCAUUUUUCUCUUAAUUGUUCAGGCUUAAUACAUGUAUUUAGAAUACUGCAGCAUAAUUAUGUGAUGUGACAUUGUGAAUGUUAUCAGUUACUUAGUUUUGGUCCUCAUAAUCUUCAUAGCCUAGUGGUUAGAUUGCUCGACCGGAGGAGAAGGUUGCUGAUUUGAGGGCUGCUUGCGCCUGUGGGUGCAGAACUUGCCAAGCCUGCCCAGCAGCUAUGCAGCAGAAAUGAGUACCUGAUUGUAUCAGGAAAGGUAGAAUCCUUGACAUAGUAUUCACGGUCUCUAUAGCCACAAGAUUAUGGGACACGUUAUCUCUUAAAAUCAAAUCAUAACACUGUUACACCAAAUGAUUGCGUCAUCUCAUACAGUUAGUGUUUUUCCAAGAUAAGACUUCAUAUAAAAGCAAAUUAUUUUGCAGAAACAGCAAAAAUAAAAUAUGAAGUCUAUUGUCAGGAUAGAUACCAUUAUUUCUCCUAACAUUUACAAGGGACAGUUAUAUUUUUUGCAGUUUACCUUUUUAAAUACAGCCAUGAUAUAAAUCUGGCAACAAUUUGUGUGCAAAUAUUUUCCUAUUAUAUACCAAAAUGUAUUUUCUAUUGGUAAUUUACCAAGUAUUCUAGAAAUUUUAUUUGGGUGACUUACGAGGAGUUUGAAUAUAGGUUAUAGAAGUAGAUCAAAUAUUUAAAAUAAUGUACAAAUGCAGGCGUAGUCUGGGACUGCUGUCUACAUUUGUUAUGAACUUAUUUAACAGUCUUCUGCGCAAUUACCUCGACUUCUACCAAAUAAGAAGAGCACUUUUCUACCCAAUAGUUCAGAUUCUGCGUAGCAUGCAACACAUUUAAAUAAGCAAGCUGCUUUAAUUGCUGCUGCUGACAACAAUGGCAGAGACUUUGUAGCUGCUGCCCUCUAGUGGCUUGUUUGUUUUGUGUCACUUUUAAUUUUUCUGGAUAGAUUUUGAUUGUAAUUCUAAUCUGAUUUAACUGACAGGAGAUCUUCAUGUAUUAAAAAAAAUCCUGUAAUUUAUACUGCAGUCUGGCUGUUGUUCGGAAUUGGAGUUUAAGCCACAUUUUAUUUGAUCACUUAUUUAUGAUGAGGUCUGUGACACAUUUAUAUAUAUAUAUCAGUAUGACCUUUUGACGUCGGUGUCUUCGUGCAUGUUUUUAGCAAUGGCUUCGUGAUUGCCAGUAGUUUUCUCCCUUUUUGUGGGCAGCUAGAUAAAAAGACUAAAUGUGUUGUGCUUUUCAUACCUGAUGCAUUAAUGAAAACAACAGAGAAUCUUUUGUCGACCUCUUCAUGAAGUGUUUAUUGCCUGCAAUGCUGGAUGAUGUCAUGUUUUGUGAGCACAGUGUGACCUUUCUUUGUCAUCUGUGAACUUACCUGUGGGAGGGUCUCUAGCCUGGUGUUUGAGGAACUUGUUCAGAGCAGAUGGUCGCUGGUUAGAGCCCCAGUAGGACCUGCAGGUGGAGAACCUGAAGGAGAAGGGUUAGACCACCUUUCAAAUGCAUUUCUCUGGACAGGGUGAGCCACUCAGAUUUACUGCCCCUCAUAACAGUAGCUAUGAGACCCUCUACCCUUCAUCUUCAUUUUUAACUUAUGUGGCAUAGCACAGUGCUAACGGUAUGAUAUGAUGUAUGCUGUUACCUGAUAUAAUUUAUCUCUGGAAGAUUUUCACUGCCAUGUUUCUUGCAAGUAUCAGCCUGUAUGUAUUCAUCUUGGCAUUUUAAGAAGAGCUCAUUAUCACAAAAAGUAGUCUUUUUUACUUUUAAGAAAGUAUGUAUAAGUAUGUAUGCAGCACUGUGUCAAUAGUAGGAUGCUUUGUGACCUGCUGUAGCAUGGUAGCCAGGAUGCAUGUUGCUGUCUGCCUGUAUUCUCUCAGUUUGGUUACAGUCUUACAACAUGAAAAUAAGAGAAGAAGAAAAUUCUAAAAGUAAGGCCAGUGAAAAGAUGAACACAUGCUUGCAUCCUCUGUGUGUGUGUUUUUUUAAAGAAGAGUAGGAUAAAAAAAAACUGCUUGGAAAAUUGCUACUUACAAAGGAAAGAUCAAACAUAAUACUUACAUUUUAUCACAUACAAAGAUGGCAUCCUGUUCUUGUCUGAUGCUUGUAAUUUGUCUUCAUAGUUCUCAAUACAUACAUUGCAUGACAUGCUGGCAGGGCAGAGCAUGUUUCUGCAUUACUGAGUACAUGUUUAGACUAGUUAGAAAUGCCAGAGGAACUUGUGUGUUCUGAUGUGGAAUAUUUCAUUUCAUUAUUUGAAUGCUGUGUUAGUUAAUUCAUCAGCUUUUUACAAUAUAUAUAUAAACGUGAUGGAUGAGCAGUGAAGUAAACACUAGUUUAUUUCGUAAUUAGUCCCAGUUGAAAUAAUACCUAAUCAUCUGGUCAUCUAGCUUUUACAUUCCUUCCUUUGUGUUGCUGUUUUUAUGCUGCUUGUUGCAGCUGAAUUGAAAUGCUUUUACUUCUUUUUCUUGGUUACGUCAAGAGUUUCACACCAUUUUGUGAGGCUGCAGUGAAAAUGGAUUUGGUCUACUAUUUAUGUUUUUUCCAACGUUUUUUAUCUGUGUUAGAAGCGGGUAGUCACUUUUGCAAGUCAUAUUGUUUUUUGAAUAGGAGCCACCAUUUCUUGCUACAUCUGUGUAGCUAGGAUGGGGAGGGGACUGUUUUAUAGACAAUAUUGCUGGAGUCCAUAUUUUGUUUUUGGUAGCUUGAAAAAUAGAGCCAUAUACUAUCUUCAUUGUAAUCAGUCGUGUGAAGCAUAAGUAAUUGCUUUUCAUUAAUUUUUAGAUGGUUUUUAACAUUAAGCAAAUAUGUAUAUAUGAUAAGUUGUUUGAUAUUCAUGGCUUAUUUAUUGACAUUUGCUUGGUUGCUGUCUGACUAAUAGUUGAUUAUGCAAAGUAUUUUUUCCAUGGUUUUAUAAUGCUUGUUGUUCACAGCAAUAUACUAAGUAAUGUUGAUAUCAUCUUAUAAAAGUAGGCUGACGCAGGUUUACCGAGCUUGCUUUAAGUGUACAUUCUUUAGCAGCUUUUAGCAGGAGAAACCACAUUUCAAGAUCUGAUAUUUUCUAAAUGUGUGUUCAUACUUCAGUUAAUUAACACCAGCUAGGUGCUUAACAGUGUCACAGGCAUUCAUGUUUAUGAGAAGAGUAUUUGAAAGAAAAUAUUGUAUACUUUAAAUGACUGAUGGAGCAUGGUCAGUUUUAGACAAGAUUAUAUUAACGGUGGAUGUAUGCACAAGUCUGGCUGCAUCAUAUGCCAGUGGUUAUUGCACUCAGAUACUGCAACAAACAUCAUUAUUUACUUCACUUAAGCUGCCUAUGAAGCCAGUGUUCAAAUAUAUCAGGUCAGAUGCAAACGCAAGACUCCUUUGUGUAACAAUAGCCAUUGUUUAACUUUGCUUAAAAACUGUACAGUAGGGUGUAGCGUCAGCCAAUCAGCUGUAACGGAUCAACAGGCACAUUUGUAGUUUUGUACAGCCAGCUAUGCUGAGUUCAAAAAUGUAAAACAAAGAAAUCUGCAAUGAGCAGAACACCUUUUUUCUGCCCCAAAAACAAGGAAAAGUCAUGCUUUUUUAACUAAAUGUUUCCUUUUUUUGUCAAAAUUUCUAUAUUUAAUAACUGAAAGAAAAGAUUAGUUUCUGAUAACACUUGCACUGUCAGACAAUAAUUAUAAACAGGACAGGCACUUGCAUCCAUCCCAUAAACUGAUUGUGAUACCUCACUCACUUGUCCUGACACAGCGUUCGACUCCCUGAGAGUGGCAAGGUAUCUGACCGAUGAAGGGAUGAGUGACAAGCUGCUGGAGUUCUUCAUCUGAGAGGUGCUUUGUGAGAGGUCCUUUCAGUGUGAGUUCCUCCAUUGAUGGCAGUAAGUCUUGCAACAAUUGAGAAUUCUCCUUUAGUUUGGGAAGCUGAAAUUGAGACCCACCAGCUUGCUUGGCAAAUGGUUUUUAUUAUGUCCACUUGCUCCCUUUCUAUUGACUUUAUUGUCAUCUCCAAGCAUCAAAAGAAGAACAUUUUCCUGAUGGGCUCAGUUGCUCUGCAGGCCAUGUUUUAUUCCUGCAGGCCGAUGAUAACAAACUGUGUUGCUUAAUUUUGUUGAAGCAAGUGCUUUGGUCCAUCAGUGCAUCUUAUCAAACAGUUGAUGCAGUUUCCAUGAAAUUUCCAGUCUCCUUACUAUGCUUUGAUGCUUGUGCUGCUUCAUACAUUAAUCGUGACAUUUUGAGUUUGACGUUCUUGAAUGGUUGUGACAGUUUUCAGACCGACAGCUGACGUCGCUCACUCCUUGUUACUUUGUGUGACAUCACUUAUUAAUUUCGUGCCUAAUGCGCUGAGCUGAAUGGUAGUACUGUAAUAUCAGGUCAUCAAUAAACAUCUACAACAAAGAAGUAUCCAUUAUUAAGGAAAUAAAAAUCUCUAGGUCAUGCAGAAAAUAGCAAUUUUAAGUACAAAAUAUUUCAAAUAAACAUAGCAUAUCAGCAUUCUGACUGAAGGAAAUUUCUUGUGAUAAUAAGGUGUUCUGCUUAUCACAGAGCAAAAUCUUUUUCAUAUUUGAAAUCAAGAUAGUGAAUACACAAAACCUGAAAUGUGCGUCAAAAUCGCUGACAUCACUACACCCUACUGUACAGUGCUUGGUGUCGGAGGAAAAAACCACAGCUGCAAUGCUCUCUUCAUUCACUAAAACUCCAUUAUGGAAACACAACGGUAAGAAGCAUAAUGUUCAGAUUUCAUUGGCUUGUAAAAGAGAAUGAACUGUUGUCAGUGUUUGGAGUGGUGUUCUGAUCACCCACAGAAAUUUAGAAUGGAACAGUUGAAUGUUCCUGUAGAAAAGGAUAGCAUACAGAUUAAAAAAUAAAGUGUAGUGUCUUUAUAACACCAGACAUUGACAAAAACACUCCCACCACCAUAUUUCCCUGUGUGGGGUGAACAAUCUCUAUUUCGCAUUGAAGCCAGGAGAGUCAUUACUUCAUUUGCAGAUGUGAAAUAGGUUGUAAAUUCAUGGUUGAAAGAAACGAGAUGAACAAUUUUUCUAUUUUUGUGGCUUUGAUGUGUUUGUCGUUGUUUUUCAUCAUCUGCUCUUACUUAAAGAGAAGAUGCAUGUAAAGAUUGUCUCCUGUGAAUGUGCGUCUACGUGUUGUGUGCUGACUCCAGGAUGUCCCCAUUUCCUGCUCCUCCUUUUCACAGUGUUAUUCAAACAGGUCUAUCUUAUCUUGCACCUGCACACUCACACACACAAACAUGAAACCUAUAACAUAACAUACCACCAACAACUGAACAGUUUUGGCAGCAUGAUGAUAUUACUCUGUUUUCCUUUUUUUCAUUUUUCUCCCAUAGCUGAACAUGCAUCUUUCUUGUGAGGCUUCCAUUCCUGGAGUAUGGGAAAGUUUUCCAACUCUGCGUGUAUCAGUUUCUAUCUCAGAUGAUGUGAUGAGUAUUUUAUUGGCAUUAAGUAAUUUUAGGAAGUACUAAAGCGUUAAUGACUUCAAGAAUGUUUUAUAUAUAUAUAUAGUGAUAUAGUUCAUGAGCAAGUAGACAUCAAAAUGAAGAUGAUGAGCAUGUUCUUACUUGUAGAGGUCAGUAUAUUAAUUCAUCCCACUGGUUAAGGUAUGUACACCUGGGGAAAAUUAAUAUAUGUAAAAUUAAGUUAGUAUAUUAAAAUUUUAUAUUUCAAGUAUUUGUUAGAUGCCUUUCUCCGAAGGUUUCUUAAAUCAUCUUAUAACUUACCGGUCUUUUUAUCUUGUUACUUACAACCUGGUUGUCAUCUCUGUUUAUUGAUUCUAGGAUACCAAAUAUUUAUUUUACUGCAGUGAAACAUUUUCUACAAAGCACAAGGUUUCAUUGUGCAAUAUAAUUUAAGGGCUUUAGAAAAACAUGACUCAAAAUUAAAUCUUUGGAGACUUUAUCUGUUUUUCCCUUGACUAUCCUUGGGGAAUUACUUUGUGAUAGCCAUUGUUUUGAUCUCAGAGUUUUGAUCCCUGUUUUUGGUGUUGUGCAUUGUUAUUGAGUGAUAGUAAUAGCUGUUUUGUGAUAGUAUGAGUACAUGUCAGAAGAUUCUAAGGUCUUAAAACGUGAUUUAGUGAAAGACAAAAAGGGACACAUUCAGAAUAAGGGUACCUAAAGAGUAAAUAUUUAGUACAGAUAAAAGGAAAUGUGGCAUCUGUUUUUCUUGGGACAAUAUAAGAAUGCUAUUAGCUUUCUUUACAAAAGUUAAAGGAGAAUGCUACUAGCUUAUAUAUAUAUACACACAAAGGCUGGGUUAUGUACAGCAUGCCUUUGUCUUGCUUCCCACAUUCGCUACAGCCAUCUUGCUUAUUGCUAGAACAGAAGGCCUAGAACCUUGACCCCAUUAUUUGUGGCCUGAAUAUUCUCUCUACACACUGUUGGCUGUUUUAGCAUGUGGGAAAUGUAUUGUCACAUGUCUACAGCCACAAAAUACGAUUAUCUCUCAAAUGUUUUUCUGUAUAUUUGAUGAUGUGUGGGGUUUUGUGACAGUGUCACAUUGUCCUAGUCAUUUCAAAUCUGAGGGUUUUUUGUUUUAUUUUAUUGGAUGGGGGGGGGGGGGGGGGGAUUUUUUUUUCUCGCAUAAGUGAGUGACAAGUAUUUGAUGGCUUGCAUAGAAUUAUAAAAUGAUACUGAGUACAUAUCUUCGUUUUUACUUUUUUAAGUUAUGGAUUCUGUGGGCUCAUGUAUAAUCCAUUAUAAACAAGGUGAUUGAAGUCAGUAUGGGUGUGGGCCAUAAUCAAGACGUGUACUAUUAUUUAUGUACAGGUGAUAGUUCUUAUUUUGUCCUUUUUCCCAUUCUCUCCAGUGACAUUUUUCAAUUCUACCUCUAAGCUACAAUGAAUGUCUUUGUCAGAUGGUAUGUGUACAUUAACAUUUCCUUUAGCUGCUAUUAAAUAAGACAAAUUCAUAGAACCCACUGCAGUUUUACACCAAUCUGUGGUAUCCCCUGGUGGGAAUACAAAAUGCAACAAAUAGAAUAUUAAAAUUUAACCACAAUUGAAUUGUUCAGUGUUGUUAUGGAAAUGCCAUUUUUGGGCUAUUGCAAUAAAAUGGCAAUACUUGUAGGUGAAAUCUCAAGUGUCAUUAGAGGUAAACUUCUAAACUGUGCAUGACAAAUUUAUUAGUUCAUUUCCAUGAUUGUCAUAGCUAAUAAAUUUCAUUAUCUAAGGCUUAAUUACUGCAUGAUUUAUUACAAUAAGUAUGAUAAUUAUUAUAACAUCUACAUCUUGAGGCAAUUCUUAGGGGGCUGGGUUCCAAGUAAUAAUAGCUGUGGCAUUUUGUUAGACAUUGAUGUAUUUUGAUAUUUGAAAUACAUGGAGUGUUCCAUCACUAUUCUUUCCCCAUUCAAACAAAGCAAAGACAGAUUUUCAAAACAUAACAUUCUACAGUUAUACCAGUUGAAAGUCAUAAGAACUUGCAAUGGUAGGGGUUUUCCUUGUUAUUUUCCAAGUAUUUUAAACAACAGGACAUGGCUGCAUCAUAUUUGAACCAUGUUAUCUUUGACAGCCAUUGUUGCAGUUGCAUAUUUAUCUAUAGUGCCUAUUUGUACAUAUGGUCUGAGGUUUCAAAUUUAUUUUGAACCUGUGCAACAUUCAACCAAAGUGAAAAAUUGGAUCCCAAGAUGCAUCACUAGCCUGAAAUCUGUGGUACAGGCAGCUUUGAUCAGUUGGAUAUUUUUUUCCUGAAAAUUACCCAUUGCAGUUUAGUCCAUGCUCAGGAGACACCAGGAGUUCAGGCAUUAUUGAAUAGUGGACAAAAAUCAAUGAUUAUUAUUGCAAAGCAGGAUAAAAAAUGAACAUUCAUGCUUCAAAAUAAUAAUUGUAAAAAAAUAUUAUGUACAGAUGUGAAAAGUCUUUAGUAAAGUUAAACCUUCUUCCAUAUUGAAUGUUUGUAAUUUAAAACUGAUGCAUUCUCUUUUUAACUGUUACACUGGUCAGGCUAACAUUUAUAUAAUUUUGUGGAGCUGAGCAAAGGAAACUGUGACAAGCAGUCAAUGAGUCACCUGCUUAGCCUCUCUGCACAUUGUUUCUUGCUACAGGUGCUUUGUCCUUUGUUAUUUUGAGAUGGAGAAGCAGGAUCCAGAGAAGUUCCAAGAAUUGUGUGAGAAGAUGCACAGAUAUGUUUAUUACAAAAUGUCUUUAAAAAUCAGCAGCGGUGUCAGGAUUUUAGAUAAGAAUAAUCCUUAUCCCCUAGACAAGUUUUCUGCUCAAGAAAACUACAAGGUCUAUUUGUGAGGGAAAUUGGGAUAUGUCUGAAUAGCCUGCUAGAAGUUUUGACAUUCCCAUUCUCACUAACCCUGCACAUCUUCCUCCUCCUAGAUAUUUAUGAGCUAUGAACCAGUCCAGCAACAGAACUGAAGACUACUUAGGUGACGAAAUUAGGCAGUCAUGAUGUAUCACAUUCUAAUGCGGCCUGUUGUUCAUUUCCCCCAGACCAGGACUUUAUCAGAGUAAAUUUAUAAGCUUCGUGUUGUAGACUGCAAAAGUUUCAGUGAAUCCUAGAAUUCCGUAGUGCUAGCAUUACCCUUUGAGAAGACCAAUCAUAUAUGCAUGAUUAUAUUUGCUGAACAUUAUACCACCACCAUUUUGUGUGCUAACCAUUUGUGGCUAAACAUGCUGUGGCUGUUACACUGUGUGGACCACUCAGCAUGCUUGAGACGACCAUUUAACAGCAUAUCCCUUAAGAUUCAGAAUUUGUUGCAUUUUGUCUGUUAAACAAGGCGGAGCAAUGCUAAAUUUUUAGAUUCUACGAUAUAGAAUACACAUUUCACUGUGUGUCGGGUAAUAUUUAGACCAAUGUCACAAUUCAGUGUUAGAUAAAACACGAUCAAAUUUUGGUGUUCAUAAGUGUUUACAUCUUUGUCCAUACAUAGUAAAGUGCUUGUAGGCACCACUCAUGUAUAAAAUUUAUGGGGGUUUUAUGUUUGGAGAGGAGAACAACAGCAAUUUGCCCAGGAAUGACGUUUACAUUCUUAUCAGCAGCAUAAGCUUUGCUCAAAAACUAAUUUCACAACCAUUCCCUUUUUUUUUUUUUGACAGGUUUACUAGAAAAAGUUUAUAUACACAGGAUUAUUUUCUGAUGAUUUCUGCUGAAUUAGUUUUUAUCUGUUGAUGCCAUCAGUGUGAACUAUUAUUUAGCAGUCAUGCCCUGUGGACUGUGCUGUUUUUGUAAAGAAAAUGUGACAGCAGAUUGCACAAAUAAAUCUAUUAACUUA